UGCAGAGAUGACCAAUGGAGGAGUAGACAGGAGUGUCGAAUGUACCGGGAGCAUCCAGGCGAUGAUCUCGGCAUUUGAGUGUGUUCACGCUGUAAAUCCCGUGAACAAAUGAAUCUCCUCCGUUUCAGGGUUGGGGUGUUGCCGUGCUUGUUGGCGUGCCGAACAAGGACAUGCAUUCAAGACCCAUCCGAUGAAUAUCUUGAAUGAAAGGUCAUUAAAGGGCACCUUCUUCGGCAACAACAAGCCGCGGACCGAGGAGAAGUACAUGAACAAGGAACUGCAGUUGAAGAAGUUCAUCACCCACUCGGUUCCCUUCUCGGAGAUCAACAAGGCAUUUGAGUACAUGCUGCAGGGCGGCGACCGCCGACCGGCAAGAUCGAUCGGGCGGAGGAGGUGCUUGUGCUUUCUCCAUUUACAAGUGACGCUCUUCAAUGGUAAGAAUAAAUUUUGCCCAUAUGGUGCAGUUGUGGACAUCUUUAGUCGGCCCAAAUCUAGCAAAAAGAUGUGCAGUGAUUCUGAUGAACGACCGUAUAAAAUAAAAAUCAGGUUUCCUUGAAUACCCAAUAAGAAA